UUGUUUAUUAAGGCACCAGCUGAUCCUAUCAAACUGUCUCCACUGCUUCCGAUUGGCUCAAAAAUCGCCAGCUUGGCCCCGAAGGCCAAGUCCAAGGGUGACCGGCCCUUCUAUUAUCAGCUGAGAAACGAGUCGGACCUCUUUGAACUCGAUCAAUCCACUGGAGACGUCUAUUUAAUGCGAAAGAUUCGUGAUCUUGCCGGACAACAGUUAUCGAUUCCCUAUAAUCAAAUUAAUCGAUCCAAUUAUGAAUCGGAAAGCAAACUGAUCGAGUUCGAAAUUGGAAACGGAUCCGUCGAUUCGCCAUAUUUUGACGAAGAAAUCGUUCGUGUGACAGUGGCCGAGGAUGCUCCCAUAGUAAUUCAAUGGCGCUUUUUCAGUGGUGCUGAGGUGUUGGUAUUCACGGAACCAUCGAAUCGUGUGAUCCAUUACGUGGUGGCUACCGAUGAUGAUUUUGGCAAAAAUGCUGCAAUCACCUACGAUGUAAUUUCUGACCCAACGGACUGUUUCGGGAUUGACCACAAAACUGGUGCCCUAUCGAUGCUGCGACGUCCGUCGUCCAGCGAUUCAACUAUAGUUGUCCGGGCGUCCGACCAAGGAUCACCGUCACUUUUUGCCGAUCAAACCUUAACAAUACGUCUGACAAGUGACAGUAAGAAAUGGAAUUAUUUUGACGAUGACGAAGUCGAAGUGACAAUAGCAGACACUGCACCAGUUGGAACCACUAUCGCGACUCUCACAUUGGAUGGGUGCGUGUCUUCGACCAAGGACAAAUUUCUUUCCAAGGCGUGGUCCAUAGCGAUCGGCGAAGCCGAAGAACUACAGUAUCAUUUUUAUUACUCCGCCCUUCUCCUACUGAGUUCAUCUUUUCCAGGGAAAGCGGCGAUUCGACUUUUCCCAUCGGCAUCAAACUUUGAAAUUGACAACUCGGGAACGAUCUCUCUGGCUAACGCAGUUACUGCUGGAGUCUACCACUUAUCAGUUCUGGCCAAAUCUGGUCAUGGUGAGAUAGACACAUUAUCGAUUGUGGUGCAUGUAACAGAAACGACAAAGGCGGGGCCAAGGAUAAGCUCCGCCUCUUGUGGAUCGAUAACCGUGCCCGAAAAUCGUCCACUAAAAGACUUCAAACAAAUCGUUGCUCUCAACGCCUCGAACAACACCAAGUUCGGCAUACGAGGAUCCAACAGAUUCUUCGAGAUCGAUUCAUCCACAGGGAAGCUAUCCAGUCCUGCACUUGAUCGAGAGCAGCAAUCUGAACAUUUGUUGGUGAUUGUUGCACAGGAUGGAGAAAUAAAUGACUCUUGUACGGUGCGGAUUACGGUAUCUGAUGUUAAUGACAAUGUGCCACAAUUUGCGGCAUCCACAUUGCAAGUGAUAUCAAUUAAUGAUAGCGUAUCUCUUCGUGAUGUUGUAUACAAAGAGCCAAGUGGUGUCGGAAAUGACUGGAUGAUUCGAGUGAGGGUGUAUGACAAAGGAAUCCCAUCGCUCGGUGUAGAUCGACUCUUCCGAGUCCAGAACACACGCACCCCAUCUCCGCAACAAUCUGACGUUCAGCCAGCUUUCCUACGUCAGAAAUACGUGUCAUCGAUUGAUGAAGGUUUGACGCGUGGACAAGUUGUUUCGAAGGUUGCAACAUCGUCGAGAGAUGCACGAAUCACUUACAGCAUCGUUGAGGGAAAUACUGACAGUGCUUUCGAGGUCGAUGCUGACGGUGUGGUUCGAACUUCACAAGAGCUAGAUUUUGAGAUCAAAGAGCGCUAUGACCUGAAAAUUAUUGCUACGGGAGCGUUUCCCAGUCAGAUUCAGACCCAUCUGACCGUUGACGUCAAUAACAUCAACGACAAUCCACCUGUUUUCCCGCGUCAACGAAAAAAGAAAGUUCUAGAGACUCUUCCUAUUGGCUCUUAUGUGACUACGGUAACAGCCAAUGACGCGGAUAAUCUGGCCGCUUUAGAGUAUAGUCUCGACCCGACGGAGGAGCGAUUUGUUAUUGGAUCGGUGGGGUUCACAAUGAGGGCGGUGUCCGAUUACAGUAUGACAGCUGUGCCUCUCAAAUAUGAACUUCGAAGUGCUAAGUAG